GACUGCUAUCCCACAGCACGGAUGCGCGACGGCAGCGCUCAAUUGGCUGGCUCAAUGCUGUCGACAAAUGACGUUUGAAUCCGUCUCGGCGGCUGCUGCGAGCUUCGCGGGGCCGAGUUCGAGCUGUCGGGGCAGAGAUGACCCUCGGAGAGCAGCGGGCUGCUGGCGCGCGCUAGGCCUGCGGUCACCCCUUAGGACCCACAUUCGUCUUCUGCGCACCCACAUCUUGCGCCGACAGCGCGCACGCGACGAAUGGCGACGCCGAGCAGCGACCAAGCGGCUCAAAAGUACGAGGAAGCCGCGGCGGCCGCCGUCGAGGCGUGCGCCGAGGACACGGUGGGUCAGACGUGCUACAUUUGCAUGGACGACGGUUCGAAGGAGGGCCUCGUGCGCGCGUGCGCAUGCCGUGGGACGGCGGGCUUCGGCCACGUGUCGUGUCUGGUUCGGCAGGCGCAGGUCGCGGUGCAGCAAGGUUUGGAGAAUGAGGAGAGAUGCAUUGCCCUGCAUCGGGUAAAACGGUGGUAUAUCUGUCGCCUCUGCGAGCAACAUUACCACGGCGCCGUGUCGAGCGCGCUCGGCUGGGCGUGCUACAAGACGUACUUUGGGAGGCCUGAGGGGGACCACCUGUGGGAAUUGGCGCUCCAGAUCCUAUGCGGUAGUAUGCAAGAGGACAAGAUCGGCCGCCUCGCUAUCCUCGAGCCGAUCGCCGGACGGCUCGCGAGAGAGACGGAGAGGCACCCGCACAAGCUGUCCCAACUCCUCUACGUGCGCAGCCAGGUCGCCGAUUGCCUCGCCCAACUGGGGCGGAACGACGAGUGUCUCGCGCUGCGGCGCCUGAACUACGAAGCAGGCCCUACGGACGCGUGGUCGCUCGCGACCGACCUCGGCGAGUCGCUCAUCACGGCGCGGCACGCUGAGGCGGUCGAGUUUACCCGCCACUAUGUGGAUCGGGCCAAGCGCGAGCUCGGUGAGGAGAGCCCCGUAUACGAACAAUGCCUCAUGAGCUACGCGCGCGCGAUCUCCACAGCCACGAAACGCUCCCCGGAAAUGUUAGCUGAGGCCGAGGCGAUCGUCGCCGCCACCGCGCGGAAGUGGCGGCGCCGGUACGGCGACUCGCAUCCGAACACGCGCAUCGCAGAGGCCGGGGUGGGGAAGAUCCGCGCGAAGAUUUUGUUCAAUGGCGUGCUCGCGGAGCUGCUUGCUUCUCGUAGGUAAUUAUUGUGUGUAGAGGG